GAAAAACAAUCCCAUCUUGUGUCUUUUGUUUCUGUGUUAGCUUCUCUAGUGUAGGAACCAUAAUAUUAAAUAUGCAUUACCAAACCACACCAUCUUGGGGCUGUUACAUGUCCACCUCCGUCCUCGAGGAUCCCGUCGACCGUAUAGAGCGGUUGGCAGCCGAGAACGCCGUCGUCAUAUUCAGCGUUAGUACAUGUUGCAUGUGUCACGCUAUAAAACGGUUGUUUUGUGGAAUGGGAGUGAAUCCAACAGUCUAUGAACUCGACGAGGAUCCGAGAGGAGGGGACAUGGAGAAGGCACUCAUGAGACUUUUGGGAAGCUCCUCUCCUGUUCCUGUCGUGUUUGUCGGUGGUAAACUCGUGGGUGCCAUGGAUAGAGUCAUGGCCUCCCAUAUUAGUGGAACUCUAGUUCCUCUUCUUAAAGAUGCCGGAGCUCUCUGGCUUUGACUCUUAAUCUCUUUUUCGAAAUAUUUAUUGGAAAGGAUUAGAGUAAGUGACUUACAGUCCUAUAUCCAUUGGACUUUGAGGUUAACCUAUCUCCCAUGGUUUAGAUGAUCAGACAGUCAUACUAAAUCUAUCCCAAGGAAUAAUCUUUUUUACUCAAAAAUAAACCAAGGGAGAGAAUACAUUGUAUGACCUUUUUCUUUUUCAUUGAUUCUUUUUUAUAGAGGAAGAGGAGUGUCAGUGUCUGUUUUAUGGGUUUUAUCUAUAUUUGUCAGUCCCCACUACUUUGGACAUACUAAUUAAUGUUCAAUUUUGGUAAAACAUUUAUUAUUAUCUUUCUUUUUUCCUUUAAUUUUGUUUAGUCAUUUGGUUUAGUCUCUCUUUUGAUUAGCAGAAAAAGAUUGAAAUGUAAUAGCUGACCUCCCUCCUCUGUAUUAUUUGUUGUCGAGACAAAUUAAGUGAAUGAAUGAUAUUUUAUGGGUA